AAUUCAAGAAACAUAAAGUUUUCUUAAAUAAAUAAAUAAUGGAGUUUUUCUUGUCAGAUCAGACAAGAUUUAUGGUAAAGCUUCUACUAAAACUGGAGAUUGAAAAUGGUUGGGAGGCAGAGGAGAAUUCAGGGGUUCUUGAAAAACCCAGAAAAUUUAAACAUCUUCUCAGCCAUUCGGAUAAGCUGUCACGAGAGGAUAAGGGUCUGUUCAAUCUCUUUAAUAUCCUGAAAGAUUUGAUUCCUGAGUCUACACAGUCCUGGGAAUAUUUUCUAGAGGUGUAUGGCCGCCUUGUAAUAAACAGUUUUGAAAUUAAUGAUGAAGAAGAUGAUAAGGCAGGUUGGGGUUUGUAUUUAGCUCCUUCACUUCUUAAUCAUUCAUGCGUACCCAAUGCUGAAGCAGAGUUUUCUGGGAAACAGAUUAUAAUUAGAGUGAAUGUAAACAUACAUUCUGCUGCUCUGAGCGACAUUUUUAUCUCCUACAUCGGACUAAGUGAAAGUACUGAGAAAAGAAGAGAAAAAUUAUCCAAAUAUUAUCAUUUUCAUUGCAUUUGUUUAAGGUGCCAGGGACUGAAACUCAGCUGGAAAUCUGUUGAAGAUUUUAAUCCUAAAUAUACAGAGUUAAUUGGACAAAAAGAUAGCGUUCUUCAAGCUGUCCUAGAUAAUGCUCGGGGAAAAGAAAGUGAUUUUCUGUGGAGUUUACGAUGUCCAAGCUGCACUGGGAGGCCGGUCAAAUGUUCCAGAGAUGAGACGUACGGUGUGAUAUGUACAUACUGUAAUAAAGAAGUUGCUAAAGAGAAUAUAGAAAUCUACCAUGAAGUCCUAACUGCAGUGGAACAACUGAUCACUGCUAAGAUAAUUCCUAUGGAUGGACCACAGCAAUGUAUUGAACUAAUGACAGGUAUUGUAUAUCCCUAUUGUGAGAGCUAUAUUCGAUGUCUAGAACUAGCAGUAGAUAAUUCUUUACUUCAAAAUAAUCUUCAGAUGGCAGCAGAGUAUGGAGAAAGUCUUUUAUCAGUCUGCAGAAGGUUCUGUCGAGGCUCAUCAGCGUGUAUUCAACUUGUUUUAAGGCUCGCCCUGUUGUAUAAAGAGCUGGGUAAUCUGGAGAAAGGAAUGAAACUGUUGGAACAAGCCCAGGUUCAUGCUUACUCUGACACUCAGCUAUCCUUUCAAGUUCUAAAUACAAUUCAACUCUACCAUGCAACUAACGCGAGAGAAAGAGAAGAAUAAAUGUCGUCUUCGCUGAAAAAAUUCUAAAACAUUUAAUAAAAUUCACAAUUUUA